CCAAAACCGUCGAUGAUGUUUGAAAAGACAUGAACCUAACCCACUGUGACAGAGACUCACCUCAAUCUAAUCACCGCCUGUUCGAGAAAAUGACCAUUGAGGCUUUCCUCUAAAAAAACGUUGCCAUCACGAAUGAUGACAUCACCGCUGUUGCUCCUUUUUAUAAUCUUCAUCCUGUUCCUCAUCAGUUCCCGCAGGUGUCCGCCGUGGAAGGCUCAUCCUCCUCCGCGACUGAGCCUUUUGCCAAUGGGAUGCUGCGGUGACAAGUGGAGUCCCAGCAACCUCUUCAGCAUCAGGAGGAGUCGAUGGUGGUGGAGGAGGAGUUGUAGCUGCGGUGGCAAAGGGGAAGAGAAGGGUGGUGGAGGAAGCAGUGGACAAGGCCACACUUUAAUGAGUCUGCUCCUAGGUUCAGGGAAUGCAAACAGGAAGCCAGAAUGCUUAAUUGCCAUCGUAGAGUUAUGUGUGAAGCUGCCAAAAAGUCAUUGAAAGAGAAGAAACUGCACAUUGGUCCAUGGAAGAAGAGUAGAUUCAUGCAACUAAAGUGGUCAGGCUUCAAUCAAACAUUGGCUUUAGCAAAUUCCAUGGGUGAUAUUCCAGCUAAUGAACCUUACCUGAGAAUUUCUGGUGCUCCUACUGUGCUAGUCACAUGAAAGUAAUUGAGUUAGGUGAAGGUUGAAUCCCAAUGGUGGCUUUUGCAGAAGGAUUUUGAAUUG